UUUUUCAUGCAUUUUCUUCUUUAAUGCUGUUCUAUACUGGAUCCUUUGCUCCAUAUUAUCUUAGAUACCUUUUGUUUUUGGAUUUUAGGUUCUAUUUCUUAAUCAUUUUGAUGUUAUUACAUGAUAUAGUUCUAAGUUCUAACCCUAGACUUCAGAAUUUCUUUGAAUUUGUGUGUUAAUAUCCAUUUCAGAUGUUUUUGCUGAUGCAUUUUGAGUUCUCAUGCUGAUUUGGUUUCAUAGGGCUUGUGGCAUUGUGUAAGGUUUUGAAAAAAACGUCUGCAACUUCAAUCUAGGCUUUGAUAUCGAGGUUUUGAUGUCUGUUCGACGACACCGCAGACGGGAUUGAGGCUAUGUAACUGUGAUUCUCACAAUAUCAAGGAUCGAGGCUACAAUCUCGGUCGCAACAUUGAAGUUUUGGUGUCUAUGCGACCACAACGCAACCACGAUUGAGGCUGCAUGAUCACGUUUCGUUGUAAUAUCAAGUGUCGAGACACGAAGGUAACAGUUACCAGAAUCGUGAUUUAAAAACCCGAUUCAGCAUGGUUUUAGGCAUGAGAGGAAAGAACAUGAGAACUAGCAAAGUUCAAAUUGAUUACCUGAUUCAUAUUCAAGAGAUUAAGCCGUGGCCUCCAUCGCAAUCUUUAAGAUCUCUUCAUUCGGUUUUAAUCGAAUGGAAGAAUGGUUCAAGCACAUUAGGUUCUACUAAAGUAGUAUCACCUUCACUUGGUUCAAUUAUAGGCGAAGGAAGAAUUGAAUUCAACGAAUCGUUUAGAAUUUCAGUCACAUUGUUGAGGGAUGUAUCCAUUAGAGGUGGUGAUUUUGAUGUUUUCCAAAAGAAUUUCUUGGAAUUCAACUUGUAUGAGCCUAGAAAAGAUAAUAAGAUUGUUAAGGGUCAAUUAUUGGGAAAUGCUGUUAUAGAUUUCGCAGAUUAUGGAGUAAUUAAAGAAGGAUUAAGCAUUAGUACAUCUAUGAACUGCAAGAGAAGCUACAAAAACAAUGAUCAACCGGCCUUGUUCAUUAGAAUUCAGCCGCUUGAAAAGAUCCGCGCACGUUCGUCUUCGUUGCAGGAAAGGUUUUCGAAUGAGGUUUUGGAGAAUAAUAGCAAUGGUUGCGAUUCUGUAUCAACAUUGAUGAAUGAAGAAUACGCCGAAGAAGCUGAGAUUGCUUCUUUUACUGAUGGCGAUGUUGUUUCUUCACAUUCUUCUGUUGCGGGAGCUUCUACUUCCUUGGAACUUAAGAAUGAACCCAACGGACCGAUCAGAAAGACUAAUAUGGUGCAACAGGAUGCAUGCAAGAAGAUGGAAAGUUCAUCUCACAUGUCGUCGUCAAUGGAUACAUCGUUGUCGACUGAAAAAUGCGCUACUUCACCAUCUUUAGUUUGUGAAAAUUUAGGCGAAAAUUCAAGGAUCAGAACAAGAAGCAAUGGUCAAGAAAAUUUCGAUGAGAAUUUUCAUGACAAGGUCACUCAUUCUAGAAAUAUAGUUGAAGGUGUUCAAAGAAUAAGUAGCAAAAACACUUAUAAGAUUAAUCCAAAGGAAGCAAAAAAUGGUAAUUUAGAAGGUAAACUCGAUUACUUGAAAAAGAAGGUAAAGAAUCUUGAAGGAGAGUUAAGAGAAGCCGCGGCAAUUGAAGCUUCUUUAUAUUCCGUUGUUGCUGAGCAUGGAAACUCCAUGAGUAAGGUUCACACCCCGGCUCGGCGUCUUUCGAGGCUUUAUCUUCAUGCUUGUAGAGAAAAGCUUCAAGGAAGAAGGUACGGUGCGGCUAAAAGCUCUGUUUCAGGAUUAGUACUUGUUUCAAAGGCAUGUGGAAACGAUGUUCCAAGGUUGACAUUUUGGUUGUCGAAUACUAUAGUGUUGAGAACAAUUAUAAGCCGAAACUCGAAGGAUUUGGUGGUUUCAUCAAAUCAUGGUGGUUUCGAUAGGAGAAGAAAAACCGAGACAAAUGGAAAUGGAAAGAUAGCAUCCUCCUCGCAAAGGUGGAAAGGAGGAAAAAAUGAAAGUACAAAAGCAUUAGGUUAUGAAUCCUUUGGUAACUGGGAUGAUCCUCAUGUAUUCAUUUCAGCAUUGGAAGAAGUUGAAGCUUGGAUCUUCUCUCGCAUAGUAGAAUCUAUUUGGUGGCAGACUCUAACUCCACAUAUGCAACAUGUUGAUACAAAUAUAACCAACAAAGAAGUAGCUUCUGCGUCAAGGAAAAGCUAUCGAACGAUAUCUAGUUCAUGUGAUCAAGAUAAGAGUAACUUGUCAUUAGAUAUUUGGAAGAAUGCUCUUAAGGAAACAUUUGAAAGGCUCUGUCCUAUUAGAGCUGAAGGGCAUGAGUGUGGCUGUUUACCUAUGCUUCCAAAAUUGAUAAUGGAGCAAUGUGUGGUAAGAUUAGACGUGGCUAUGUUCAAUGCUAUUCUGCGCGAGUCUGAUGAUGAAAUCCCAACUGAUCCUGUCUCUGAUGCUAUAAGUGAUCCUAAGGUUCUUCCGAUUCCACCGGGAAAAUCAAGUUUUGGAGCUGGUGCUCAGCUGAAAACCGUGAUUGGGAAGUGGUCUAGAUGGUUGAGUGAUCUAUAUGGCAUGAAUGAAGAGGACUCAAUUGAAAACAACGAUGGUUCUAAUAACAAUGAGCAGAAGAAGCAUAAGUCUUUUAAUUCUUUCACUCUUCUUAAUUCACUAAGUGACCUUCUAAUGCUUCCUAAAGAUAUGCUAUUAUGUGCAUCCAUUAGAAGUGAGGUAUGCCCCAUGUUUACUGCACCACUUAUCAAGAGGAUUCUUGAUAAUUUUUUUCCAGAUGAGUUUUGUCCUGAUCAAGUUCCUAUAACUGUUUUUGAAGCUCUAGACUUAGAGAAUGAUAUGGAACAUGGGAAGGAGUUAGAUAACAACUUCCCAUACAGUGCAGCUCCAAUUUCCUAUUUGCCUCCGACAGUAACUUCCGUCGCAAGCAUUCUAGGAGAGGUUGGAAGCAAAUCUCAGCUAAGAAAUAAAUCUUCUGUUGUUAGGAAGUCAUACACAAGUGACGACGAGCUCAAUGAAUUAAAGUCUCCAUUAUCUUCAAUACUCUUCAACGAUUCUUCGUCGUCGUCAGAGGUUUUGAACAAAUCGAAUUUGAUGUCGAAAGAAAUUUGCAGUGAAUCUCCAGUUAGAUAUGAUCUCCUUAGAGAUGUGUGGAUGAGUAGCAAUUAGUCUUCUUGUAGAAGCUUGAAUAAUAUUAACACUGUGGAUCAUGUGUAAAACGCAUUAGUAUAUAUAAUUUAAGUACGUUGUGAUUUUAAUCUACUAAUAUUUAAGGGUUGAUAUUAUCUUAUGCACUAGACAAGUACAAUGUAUAGAAAGCUAUUUUCACUCUUUUA